CAUAGCUCCAAAUACCUUCUUCCCUUCUCUCUUCAUCUCCUAAACUAAUAAGCUCUUAGCUAAAAAUAUGGACUCACCAUCACCAUCAUCAACAAGAAGAAGAACAUGUUUCAUUGAAGAAGAUUAUGGUCUUGUUUCUUUAGCUGAAACUCAACCUGGUUUUUCAGGCAACAAUAAUAACAAUCAGAGUAAUCACAAUAAUAAUAAGAAUAUGAUUUCUAGGCCUCUUUAUUAUACAGUUUCAUCUAGAAGAAGAAAUAGUUUGAGAAAUCUUUCCUCUUUUUCUUCUUCUUCUUGUUCAUCAUCAUCUUGUUCUUCAAUUUCUUCUCCAAGAUCUGUUGUUACUGCUGCUGGAAAGUACUAUAAUAACAGAGUUGAAGAACCCCAACAACAUUUCUUGGAUGCUUGUUACCUUUGUAAGAAAAGAAUUGGUGAUAACUGUGACAUCUUCAUGUACAGAGGGGACACUCCAUUCUGUAGUGAAGAGUGUAGGCAACAACAGAUAGAGAAGGAUGAAGCUAAAGAGAAAAAGAGAAACAUUUCUUCCAUUAAAGCCAUGAGAAAAAAGGAGCAAAGACAAUCCACUUCCCCUAGCAAAACUACAGAUGAUUAUCCUUUCAGACCUGGAACUGUUGCUGCUGCUUGAGCAAAAUGAAAAUGAAUCUCCUUGAUGAAAAAAGAUAUUCAAGAAGGUUCAUCUAUCACAAUUUAGCUAUAAAUAGCUAAGAAAAUAUAUAAUAGUAAGAAAGGAAUCCAUAGGAGUGGAGGAGAUGGACUGAUGAAGAAGAAAGAAUAUACAGAAGAGUUAUUUUUUUCAUUUUUAUGUUUGUAUAUUAAGUUUUUGUUAUGUUGAAAGUGGAGGAGAGGCUUGUAAUGCUCUCUGAAAAGUGGAAAAGAGUGAUGGCUCUUUUUUUGGGUUUUGCCCCAAGUUUUGGUUGCUCCUUUUGGGGUUGUCUUGGGUUUUUCACUGUUGAAUGAGAAGCAAUAACAAAGAAAGUUUUCCUUUCA